AUGGCGUCGUCGUGUGAGGAGGGGGGCGACGCUUUGCCGGCGCUGGUGGAGGCGCUGAGCACGGCCGGCGGGCCGGAGCCCGAGCCCCGCGCCAUGAGGCAACUCAAGCGCCUCUGCAGGGCGUCCCCGGCGGCGGCCCCCGCGCGGGCCUUCGACCUGCUGUGGGCCCAGCUGUCGUCGGGGCACUGCGAGGUGCGGCUGGGCGCCUUCCGCGUGCUGGACGAGCUCUUCCGCCGCUCGGCCGCCCUCCGCGCCCGCGCCGCCCCGCGCCUGCCCGAGCUGCUGGGCCUGGCCGCCGGCACCGACGCCGCGCGCCCGCUGCCCCCCCCGGCCCACGCCGCGCGCAGCCUCCGCGCCCACGCCCACCGCGCCCUCCGCGCCUGGCAACGACGCUUCGGACACGCCCACCCGCAGCUCGGCCUCGCCCUGCGCUUCCUCCGCCACCAGCGGCAGGUGGACUUUCAGGAUAUAAAUGCCAGGACUCCAGUCGAAAGAAGAAGAGAUGAAGAGAGACAGAAACGGUUGGACAGUAUUUACAAAAACAAGGCCCAAAGGGCUGAAAAAGAAAUGGAAGACAUGACCCCAGAGAUCGAAGCUGUGCUGACAGAAAUGGAGAAUUGCUUCCAGCUUCUCAUGCCCAAUCCAUUCGACUUCACGAUGGGAGACGAGCAACCCUGUUGCAGCAAGGACCUUCCUUCCACCUCUCGCGCUUCAGAAGCUGAUGAUAGAGGCUCUGAUGGCGAAAUGGACAAGGACGCCGGCAGAGGAGGUUCUUUGGCAUCGGAACUGGCUUCUGGCUGCCUCGGUGAGGAGGAGGAGGAUGAGGCAGCCUUCGUCCGGAGUCAUGGUCUCGGCUCUCAUAAAUAUGCUCUCAGUCUUGAAAUUUCUACUGAUGUGAAACUGCAGGAGAACGAAGACAAUACAGCCAUAAUAAACACUGUAACAGAUGCUCAUAAACUUAUCAGAAACAAAUUCUUGCCAUCUGUACAAUCUUGGAUUCAGUUGUUCACAAGAGCUGCAAUAAGCGAUGAUCGCCUGAGAAAAGCUAUUGAUCUUAAAAAUAAGCUGGAGACUGCAUUGGAGAAGCAUAAGGAGAUGAAUAUUGAAUAUAAGGAGAAGAGGAGGAAAGUGACGGGAGCCUCCGAUGACAGCAGCGACGAUGAUGAGGAAUUUGUGGAAGUCCCCGCGAAGGAGGGCUACGAGCCCCACAUUCCCGACCACCUUCGGAAGGAGUACGGCCUGGAGCCCGUUUCACCUCCGAAAGCCUCAGGAACAGAGACGGCAGCAGAGAGAGAAGCCAAACAAAAUGAAGAAGAGCUGGAUCCCACAUGUGCUGCCGCAACGUGGAAAAUUGUCCGUGAUAAAUUACAGAGGGUGCAGCCUCCAAAUACCAGGAAUUCUGAACUUGCAACUGCAGGGGAACAGAACAAAAAACGUGAAGAAGAGAAAUCCAAGGCUCCAGUCAUACCUUUUGGGUUAGAUCUUGCCUACUGGGGGCAAGAAGAACCAGCUGCUGGCAAGAUUCUUAAAUUUUCAUCUCAGCAUCGCUUUUGGGCGCCCAAUGAGAUGGAAGAAGAAGUGGAAAACGAAGACGUGGCAGGGAUGCUGAAAAGCAGAUGCAUCACGUUUGCUGGCAAGUUUGAACCUGUGCAGCACCAAUGCCGGGCCCCAAUGCCCAACGGGGGCCUGUGUGGAAGGCAAGAUAGAGUCAAGUGCCCUUUCCAUGGAAAAAUAAUCCCACGGGAUGAACUUGGAAUUCCUGUUAAUCCAGAGGACAGAGACAGGGAAGCAAAGAAGCAGUUUGAGGAAAAGGAAAAGCAUCCAGAGUGGCAAGAUCCAGCAUUCAUGAGAGAAGUUGAAGCAGCCACAGGGGUUGACCUUGGAUCUUCUCGGUAUAGUGGAAAAGGAGGAAAAAAGACGGGGAAGAAAAAGAAAUACCCAAACCUCACAGACCUGAAGCAACAAGAAAAUACUUCUCGUUCCCGCCUUGGAAAGAAAAUUUUUGAUAAAUCAGCAAUGAAACGGGUGGCGAAAGCGAUGAAUCGAAUGGACCAAAGGAAGCACGAAAAGUUUGCGAACCAGUUUAAUUAUGCACUCAAUUGAACUGUGAUACCUGGCGAGGCCCUUGAUG